AUGGACGUUUCCGGGCUUUUCGUCGCCGAUGAAACGCAAUCUGACGAUGACAACAUCUCCAUCAACUCUACCCUCGCGUCCGAACAUGAUUCCGACGAGGAAUGGCUUGUGGAGGGCAUCCGCGCUCAGAUUCGCGAAGGUGGAAGAGACAAAUUCCUGGUAGAGUGGACCGGUUAUCCCAUUGAGGAGGCCACAUGGGAGCCCAAGGAAAAUGUGACGAAUGAGCUACUCGGAGAAUGGAAAGACACUCAGGCAAAGCAAGCUCGAGGAGAGGAGCAGCCGUUCGACAUUGUCGCCUGGCAAGAUAGCGUGAUCAAGCGUCAUGAGGACAAAUACCAGCGGCAUCACAAGCGUAACGCUGAACGGAAAAAGCGAGGUAUUCAGCUUAGGCUGUGGGAGGGCGAAACCAAGGCGGAUUACUAUCUCAGCGACGAAGACGUAGAAGAGGAUGAAUACAACGCUGUGUUUCCUCCUCCAAAGGUUGUGGGUGGUCGCGAGGAUGCGUUUCAUCCUGACACUCAACCCUCCAAGAUCCCACCAAAGCAGGAAGUUGCGGAGAAACCAACUACUCAGAAACGGGCUUCAGCGACAGAGAGACCAAAAUCACCAACAAGAAAGGCACAAUCCUCUUCAAGCCCUCGGCCACGCUUACAAACAUCUUCAACGCAAGCAGCGGCGAACGGAUAUCAAGGCACAGCAAAGAAGAAGCCUUCGGCAAGCAGACCGGUCAAUAAUGCGACACUUAGCCGUUUGCCGGGUAGUGCGGCAGCAACUGCGCGGACCACUCAUAAGGCGAAAAACACUGCUGUGAGCUCCAGAACGAUGGUUAGAUCACAGAACAGCGGAACGGGCAUCAAUGUCUUUGCGGCCGGCAAGCAAUUAAAGCAGCGCCGUCAACUCGUACAGAACGUGGCCGACCCCACCAAAGAUGCUCGUCUAUUCUCAAAUCAUCGAAUCAAGAGAAAGGUCGAGUUACAAGGUCGUGACAAAGCAGAU